GAAAUGUUUGUACAUCCAGAAAAAAUCUAAAAAAAAAUAAUUAAGACCGAUAGAUAAGUGACCAUUGAAAUGCAUUGAAAAAUUAAAAUUGCAUGAAAUUCGGAUUAUUUCGCGAUUUCAAUGGCUGCGAACGGAAAGCGUGCUAAAAUGGAGGGCGCAAGCAGCAAUUCACUGCCGGCUAAAAAAGGUAAAAUAGAUACCCGUAAUUACUACGCAAAAGCGUACAAUGAUUCGUAUAAGAAGCCUUACCUAAAGCCGGGUCAGCGUGGGUUUAUGGUAACCUGCAACAUGCGAGGAAAAGAUUGUCUCCGGGAUAGCUACCGACUUUUGAAUGAAUAUGCUGACGAAAUGUAUGGAAAACUGGACGCUGGAAACGACGCCAAGGAAGCUUCUAACAGUGAAGAUGAGGAAGACAUUUCGGUUCUGGUUGAAAAACAGGCUGAAGCCGCGCGCAAGGAAAAACGAGUAUUCCGAUUCCAGUCCGUUGAUACGGGAUUAAACAAUUGCUACUUUAUCUCAACCAUUUUGGACAACCCGAAAGAGUUAGCGCUGAAGAUUUUAAACGAUUUAGCCAAAACCAGGAAGCUAAAAAGUCGCUUCAUCUUACGUCUAAUGCCAAUUGAGGUGGUUACCAAAGCUAACUUGAAAGACAUCAUCGACGGUGCGGGUGGGCUAUUCGAUAAAUAUUUUCUGGGUGAACCGAAAACCUUCGCCAUCAUGUUCAAUCAUCGACACAACAAUUCCCUAGACAGGUCUAAGGUAAUAAAUGAACUGGCCGGACUCAUCAAUUCCAAAAAUAUGUGCCAUAAAGCAAAUCUGAAGCAACCCGAGCUGGCGGUUAUCGUAGAGGUCAUCAAAGGGCUUUGUCUGAUCAGCGUAUUGCCGCAGUACUACGAACUAAGGAAGUACAAUCUGGCAGAAAUUUGCGGUCAGAAGACCGAGAGUGAGGGAUCUUCAUCGAAUGCUCCUCAGGUAGCAGUGGAGGAAAAAGAAGAAAAGCAGUGUGAAAAACCAGAAGUUGUUCAUACGGUAGAGGCCGUUACAGAAACAUCCCUGGAGGAAGUGAAGUCGUCAAGCGGUUCUCAACCAGUAGAGGGAGAGAAAACUACAGAAACCCAGGAGGAAUCAGUCGAAGGAAAAGACGACAAAAUCGUUGAAUGACAUGUUAUUUCAUUUUUAAAACUUGCUUUCUUGUUACUGAUUAGAGACAAAACUAAAAAAUAAAUGAUUUUGUAAGAACUAUUUA